AUGGCCCAAGCUCACAGAACCUACAAGAAGAUCACGUUUGAAGGAGACCGUCCCAGACGAACGGAGCAGAGUGGCAUGUUGGAGGCGUACCUCUACAGCAACCAGACUGUAUUCGAUGCCGUCCAUUUCGAGAGAGGCCAGCAUCGAAGUGCGGCGACCCAACAGCAGGGAAAUCUGGAGACAGACCAGAACGAGCAAGACAGUAUCGAUGACCUGCUCGAGACCAUGGAUGCGUUGACAGAUGCCGAAAUCGUGCGGGAUGCAUUGGCGCUGCGGAACGCCAGUUGA